UGUGGCGCUGCGGCCGUGCGCCCCAUCGGUGCCGGUGGGGGUGGGCGAGGCGGAGUGGGGAGGCGCCCCCCGGAGGUCUCUCGCACAGGUGAAAGCCUGCCAGGACCCCCAAAGAGGGCAGCCCCAGCGCCGCUCCCCAGCCUCUCCGCCCGCUCGCCUAGCCACCGGGGGCGCGCACAAAGCUGCGCCGAGACGCCUCCCUGCCUUCCGCCACCGGCCAGCGCCAAGGGUGACAGAAGGCCCCCCUGAGUGAGUCCAGCCCAGCUGACCAGAGCAGUCUGCUCCCUCGCUGCUGGCCCCCCAUGCAUUCCUUGGACGAGCCCCUGGACCUCAAGCUGAGCGUCUCCAAGCUGCCGGCUGGGCGAGAGAAGCGAGACUGGGCCCUGGGCGGCAGCACCAAGGGCCGUGCUCUGUGCCAGAUCUCAGAGGACGAGGGCUACCUGGGAGCGGGCCCAGGCUCCCCCCCUUCUCCUCCGGAGGGCCUCCAGCCACAUCCCCAAUGCCAAGACAAGAGAGACCAUCGGUUCUCCUCGCCUCCCACCGCUGAUCUGAGCCUGUCCCCUUCUCCACCAGGCCGGGACAGCCCUCCCAGCGGCAACACCUCCGCCUCCCCAGACAGGCAGAGCAGCGGGGGGCUGGUGAACUGUGCCAGCUUGCGCGACCUGCAGUCCCUGCGCUACCUUGAGAGUCUCCGCAGCUCCUUCCAGUUCUUCCUGCCUCUGAACUCGGGAGGGUCCCUGCACCUGCCAGCCCCCACUUUCCUGGCGCCCCACAAGGAGAAGCGGCUCUCCCUGGACCCGGCUGGGCAGAAGCAGCUGGUGUGCCGUUGGUCGAAGUGCAACCAGCUGUUUGAGCUCCUGCAAGACCUCGUGGACCACGUCAACGACUUCCACGUGAAGCCAGAGAAGGAUGCUGGCUACCGUUGCCACUGGGAGGGUUGUGCCCGCCACGGCCGGGGCUUCAACGCCAGGUACAAGAUGCUGAUCCACAUCCGCACCCACACCAACGAGAAGCCCCACCGCUGCCCCACCUGCAACAAGAGCUUCUCCCGGCUAGAAAACCUGAAGAUCCACAACCGCUCCCACACAGGGGAGAAGCCCUACCUCUGUCCCUACGAAGGCUGCAGCAAGCGCUACUCCAACUCCAGCGACCGCUUCAAGCACACCCGCACCCACUACGUGGACAAGCCCUACCACUGCAAGAUGCCCGGCUGCCACAAGCGCUACACCGACCCCAGCUCCCUCCGUAAGCACAUCAAGGCCCACGGGCACUUCAUCACCCGCGAGCAGCAGGAGCUGCUGAAGCUGCAGUCCCCCACCAAGGCAGCCCCACUCAUGGCCAACGGACCCUACCUUGGCGGGGCACAGAUCAUCGUGCCUAACCCGGCCGCCCUCUUUGGCAGCCAUGGCCUGCCCCUCCCUCUCCCCCAGGCCCCCCUGGAUCUCAGCACCUUAGCCUGCGGUGGGCUGGGCACGGCCGCCAUCGCGGGCCUGCCCAGCCCCACGCUUGCCCCUUUGAACUUGGCCAAGAACCCCCUGCUGGCCUCCCCUUUCUCAGUGAGCAGCCUGGGGCUGCCAGUGGUGUCCUUGCUGGCUGGCACCUCUGCCAAGGCAGCUGUCGAGCGAGGGCAGGAGAGCGGGGGCCGGCCCUUCAAAGGCGACAUUGGUGGCGGCAGCCGAUGCAAGGAGGCCAGUGAGAGGGUGAAACUGGCCAGGCUGCAGGCAACCACCGAUGGCCUCUCUCUGCUCCCCGGGGGCGUCCUAGACCUGUCCACUGGCAUGAACUCAGGGGCAACCGCUGAAACUCUGCCACCAGGCUGGAUGGUAAUCCCGGCUGGGUCCGUUUUGCUGAAGGAAGCUGUGGUGAGCUAAGCAGGGAAGAGCAAGGAGGAGGAUUGGAAGGGGACCUCCCGGCAUUCAAUCGGAGGGAGCGAUACAAGACUCCUUGUGGGGAAGACCUGCUGAGCUGCUCCUGGGAAUCAAGGAAGCCCCCCCCUCCCCUCCUUCGUUUCUCCACGUGGCAACUGGGGCUUUUCACGAGGGGGGGGGGAAGGCAUCUGUGCAAAGCAAUAAGCAGCUUCCCAGGGUAGCAGCCAGGAAUUCUGCCCUGCCCUCUCCCUGUUCUGCUGACCCAGGAGCACCGCUGGCUGGUUCAUCCCCAGCAAGACCUCCUCACCCCAGCCCCCUUUUCUCAGGCCUGGUCCAGCUCAAGAAAGACUGUGGGGAGGGGUGCACUGGAAGGACUCUCUGCCAAAAGCUGCCCCCUCUUCCUUUGGCUCCCUUGGUGGUGGAGGCAGCAGCCACACCGCAGGCCUCGCUGUGUCCGGCUUGCUCCUCUCUGACCUUGGGGUGCUUCCCGUCCCCCCUUUUUUCUUUGGAGCCCAGCAGCAGCAGCAGCACCACCAGAGGCCUUUUCCUCCCCCCUUUGGCUGCUGUUCAGAAGCCAAUCCUGGAAGAGCUUCUCUCGGCCGCCCCCCUCCUCUCCUGCCCGGUGCUUCUGCUUGGUCCAGGCCUCUGACAAGGCACACCGUGGCGUGUGCUGCUGACGAGACACGGAGGGACUGAACCAUUGAGCCAUUCCCUCCAUGAGCAGCUCCUUAUACUAAAGCUGUGCAGCAGC